CGGCCCCGGCGUCCCGCCACCCAAACAACCCCGAGUUGAGAGAAGGUGGCAGUCCGGCCGUGGUGCGCGUGCGCAGGCAGGUUUCCGGGGUUAAGGGUUGCGAGGCGCAGCGGGGCGGCCAGCUGGGCGACUCACGGAGCAGGGCCAGGAUGGACGAGGACGUGCUGACCACCCUCAAGAUCCUCAUCAUCGGCGAGAGUGGCGUGGGCAAGUCGAGCCUGCUCUUGAGGUUCACAGAUGAUACUUUUGAUCCAGAACUUGCAGCAACAAUAGGUGUUGACUUUAAGGUGAAAACAAUCUCAGUGGAUGGAAAUAAGGCAAAACUUGCAAUAUGGGACACUGCUGGUCAAGAGAGGUUCAGAACAUUAACUCCCAGCUAUUACAGAGGUGCACAGGGCGUAAUAUUAGUGUACGAUGUCACAAGGAGAGACACCUUUGUGAAACUGGAUAAUUGGUUAAAUGAAUUGGAAACCUACUGUACGAGAAAUGACAUAGUAAACAUGCUAGUUGGAAAUAAAAUUGAUAAGGAAAAUCGUGAAGUUGAUAGAAAUGAAGGCCUGAAAUUUGCACGGAAACAUUCUAUGUUAUUUAUAGAGGCAAGUGCAAAAACCUGUGAUGGUGUACAGUGUGCCUUUGAGGAACUUGUUGAAAAGAUCAUUCAGACACCAGGACUCUGGGAAAGUGAGAACCAGAAUAAAGGAGUGAAAUUGUCACACAGGGAAGAAGUCCGUGGAGGAGGAGCAUGUGGGGGUUAUUGUUCUGUCUUAUAAACUCUGGGAAAGUCCAUCUCUUGCAUAUUUGAUCAGAUAGUGACAUCUUUCUGUACAUAAAUUCUUUAACUGCUAUUUUAGGGACCUUGCAGUUUGCACAUAUUUGUUAUGUAUCAUGGCAGUAAAUAUUUGCAAGAAAUCCCACUCAUCUGCUUUCCCAGCUAAAAUGUUAUGGUAAGCAUGCAGUUUGCAGUCUGCCGUCUUUUAUGUAACAUAAAAUAGGUGUACCUUUAUUAGUACAUUGGAUUUUAUGAUUUACAUUUAUCAUGUGAUUAAAAAAAAAGCCACCCAUCUAGUAUAUGUUGAUACAAAGCCUACUUUUGGUCUCCUUUUCACUUAAAUAUGCCUAUCAAUUACUGAAUUAAUUGGUAUGUAGAGCUCCUAGAGAACCACUGGGAGAUGACACAGGUAUCAUCAAGCCUGGCAGAGGGUCCCAACAAGCACGACUCCACAGCUCUGCUAGGAUGUCUACUGAGAGAGUCUCCUUUAGUACCUACGCAAAAAUCUCUUUACUGAAUGUAUCCCAGGUCAAUUUAUAAUUAAAUCUCUGUUUGUUCUGAUGAUACUUUUAAAAUAGCAUUGAUAUGUUAAAUAAGUUUGAUCUUACAUUUUUCACUUCAAUAAGUAGCUCAGUUGCUUUAAUUGAAGUUUUAUUUGUGUGAUGUACAUUGGAUUCUUGAGCCUUUGUGCAGCAUUUUUAGUUACGUGGUGUUAGAGUAGCAAUAAGGGUUUCCCCCAUUUUGGUUUCAGAGGGGCACAGAUAGUCUCAUGUAGUACUGACACUUAUCAAGCCAACAUUUUUCCCCUAAAUGGUGGUGUUUGUCUGAGUAGCUCAGCUGUAGCUUGUAUAAUGUAUAUGAAUAUCUGUAUCUUAUGACUUCCAUAAAUGACAAGUUGAUAUUCAAAAACCUAUUUCUGUUUUGAAGUGGUUGGGGGGAAAAAACACUAAAUGACAAUUUGAGAAAGGCAUAUUGCUUCCUGAUUUUGAUGUGUGUGGGAAAAAUAUUAUUGCAAUGAAAUUCUUGGUAAUUUACUGUAACAAGUAGCCAGUAGUUUAUCAAAACCAAAUUGUACAGACUAAUAAAUUUUUUCCACAAUAUUCAAUUUUCUAACCUCUUGAAAUUGUACAUUGUAUAUCUUUUUAACUCAUGUUAUAUAAUUUACUUCAAUCUUUACUUUUUUAAGCUCUCAACUAAGUAAUUUAUCCUUUUAGGCUGGUACCUGUCGUACCCCUCACCAAGAUUUUGAUAAUUUCUGGGCAGUGUGUUCUUUGUUUUUUUGGUUUUUUUUUUUUUGGUUUUUGGGUCACACCCGGCGAUGCACAGGGGUUACUCCUGGCUCAUGCACUCAGGAAUUACUCCUGACGGUGCUCGGGGGACCAUAUGGGAUGCUGGGAUUCGAACCUGGGUCGGCUGCGUGCAAGACAAACGCCCUACCCGCUGUGCUAUUGCUCCAGCCCUGCAGUGUGUUCUUUGUAUACAAUAGCAAACAAUGAGCAUUUUGUGGCCACCCUCUCAAUACACGUGGUAAUGGAUUUAUUUCAACUUUUCUUUCAAAAUUUGUACAUCUUCACAUAAAAAGAAAUCUUCCAUUCUAACUUGGUUUAUGCUUGUUAGACCACUUCACAUAUGAUUGAAGGUUUUGUACACUCUGUAUGUUUUUACUAAAUAUGAAAACAUUUACUACAUUAAUGUUGGAGAAAGGUAGCAAACACAUGUACUCAGAGUUUGUUCGUCUUACAUUAAAACUUUAGAUUUGUAUCUGUGUAGUGUGUAUUGAUGACAUUUCUUUUUGCUCCUUGGCUAGGUUUUUUUUUUUCUUUUUCAUCUUUCAUUUGUGUUUGUUCUCUUGAUUUGGUCCAAGUUUGAAUAAAUACUGAACUUUUAAAAACUUAUUUUGAUAGAUUUAUAUUGUAACCUUUUAUAGUUUUUGAAUAAAUAUAUCCUGGUUUCCCUAGA